AUGCCGAACGAUUCAUCCAUGAAUCGGCUCCUGUAUGCUAUUCUGAGCGAGAAGUGCCUGAAAGAUGUUAAUUGGGACAAAGUCGCCAACAACAAAAUACUUGAAAACGAAAUCUCAAAUGGACAUGCAGCUCGGAUGAGGUAUUCGCGUUUUAAAACGCAAAUGGACAGCAGCAUAGGCAUUGUGAAGAAGCGUCGGAAGAACUCGCCGCGUAAAGCCAAAGCCGACAAGCCUAUCAAGAAGGAAAAAGGCCGUAAGAAUGAGAAUCCUGAGAACUCGGAUGAGCAGCAAGACGUGAAGCACGAAGAAAUGGAACGGCAAAAUCUUGAAGACGACGACGAGAGCUUAGCUGGCGGACGACACAUGGUGAAGCGAGAGCUGAAAGAGGACAGUAAUGAGUAUCCAUCAAUUUUGCCUUACACACCGACGUCGCAAUACUCAACUCCCAGUCCAGGAAUGAGCCACCAACGAUUUGAUACUCUUGGGAAUGGUUUGGACGACAUGACAACGACAUUUACUAGCUUUACUGAAGCUUUGGGGCCGGAUAUGUUUGAACCUUCUCUGAUGGAGCAUGGCUACACAUCUGGGUUGGGCAUGGGAAUGGGCAUGGGAAUGGCAGAGUCUUUUGGGACGCAGUGGGAUGAAGGCGAACCCCGGUAUUUUAAUGAAGCCAGUGAAAGAUCGCUGAUGAAUACGGGCGGUGUUUUCGUAAAAGAUGAAGCUCAGUGGGAGGAGGAUUGCGGCCAUUAG